GUUACCCAAGCGAUGGCUUCCGGCUGGCGCCACAAAGGCACCAAAGCCGUCCUGGAUCCGUGGGGGUCUCCAUCGCCUCCUCCACUACUCGACGAGACGGCUCCUAAGAUCAGCAAGCGCUCCCGCUUCUCACGUCGCAGCACACACGCCAAAAGCCAAGCGCAACACCAAGCUCAGAACAUCGAGCUCGAAGUUGAAGAAUUUGCCGAACAACAGGACCGUGACAAACGUCGCAGCCUCUUAGCCUCCAUGUUCAGAACCCGAGCACUGUCGCGCUCAUCGCGCUCCAUAUCGGACGCCACGGAGGCGCCACAGGCGCUCGUCCAGCGAGAUAAAGGUUUCCGACUGGUGCGUCACGGCUCCGAUCCACUCCUAAACGACUCGUUUUACGCCACUCAAGUGCAGGUUGGCAAUUUCGUCAAGAUGGGCUGGCUCACCAAACAAGGACACAUGUGGAAGAGCUGGAAGACGCGCUUCUUCGUGCUUUUCUCGGAUGGCACUUUUGCCUACUACAAGAACAAGGGCAGGAAGAAGAUCAAAGGUUGCAUGCAACUAAACGACGGCGUGGUUUCCGUGCAGCACGUGGACAUCCGAGUAGCUGGUAAAGCGUAUGUGUUCCAGAUCGAGAAAGGUUUCUACAAAUUAUUGUGCUAUUGCUGCAGCCAGUUUGAAGCCGAGUUGUGGGUCGCUGCAUUGCGGUCAGUGAGGAGGGUAUCUCCACCCUGUUAUGAAAUGGACCUGACUGCGACCGAAGAGAAAGCAGGAUCCAAUGCAGUUACCAGACUCUUGAACAAGAUCUUCAUCACGGACAAAGAGGUGGCUAAAAACUGGGUCCAGUUCAAGGAAAAUGAUCACGACCAUUCGUACGCUGCAAUCCACAAUUUCAUCGUGGAAUUGGACGACUCUAUCAUCGAUCGUCACCAUUUGGAGCUCUAUCAAGAUCCAGAGAUUGAAUUAUUGCCAGGUAAUGAGCUCGUGCGACUGAUUCGGCGACAUGUCGAGGACCGUGUGUUUAUUCCGUUGUAUGCGGAGGCAUACGCGAGCUUAGAGACGGAUAAAGUCAAGUCGAGACGGAGCAACUUGGAGCAGAACGUUAAGGUGUUGAAACAGAAAGCACAGGCGGAUUUCGGCAUCUCGAAAGACUUGUCGGUUUGCAAUUGGAAGCAAGCUAUCAGUGUGAUCAAUAUGCUCGACUCUGUGUCGCUGCCGACGCACAAAUUCGAGGUCAUUUUGUCCGCCGGGAAGACCGUCACAGAGGAGAUUGCUCAGUAUAAUGGCGAGCUCUUCGAGGUCACAGACGAGACGUUGACGGCGGUGUUCCGGUACGUGGUAACGAUGUCCUCGCUCAGCGACUUAGCGAUUCUUCGAGCACUACUGAAGUAUGGAUAUCAGCACCACCCAGCAUGUCAGAAUAAAGCGAAUGUCGUGACUGCUUUUCUCGAUGCGAUCAAAUGGGUUGAGAACUUUGAGUCUGGAGAUGAAAGCUACCGAUUCGACACGAUGGCGCUGGCAGGAUCUCGUGUCUCCGUAUCCAUUUCGACCAACGAUAUUGGGAUUCAGCUCACGACAGACGGAAAUGGAAGAGGAGCUAUUGUUUAUAGUGUUCGGAAGCAGUCUCAAGCAGCUUUGAGCGCUGCCAUCGUGCCUGGAUUGUCGCUGAUCGCGAUUAACCGUGAGCCUGUGAUUGGAAUGCCUUUCGAGAAAAUUAUCCAACGCGUUCGGACUGCAGCAUUGCCGAAGCAACUUACGUUCAUGACGGAGUUUUACUAUUAUCAGCUGUUGUCACUGGACUUGGAGAUGUCCCGCUAUUUGACGUGCAUUGCAGCUCGUCGUGGAGACUUGGACUCGGCUGGAUGGCUGCGAUCCUCGACUGUGGAAUUGAACACUCUUUGCUCGUGGGAAAAGACUCGAGGCAAGCAGGUUUUCGGAUUCAUUCCAGCAUCCGGCAAGGGCUCGCCGCUUCAUGCUGCUGUGCACAAUGGACAACUCGGAAUGGUUAAUUAUCUUAUCUCGAAGGGGGCAGAUGCCAAUCUGUGCAACCAUAAAGGAAGACGACCACUACACGUUGUGAAGCAGUCGAUCGACAUGGCUCAGAUCAUCCAAAGUCUGAUUGAUGCAGGAGCGGAUAUCGAUGCAGCAGAGAAACAUGGACUCACUCCGUUGAUGUUCAUGUGCUCCAGAGUGUCUCUUGAAGGCUCAGCGACGUUGCUGGCCCUGGGAGCUGAUGCCCAUCGUGUUGCUUGGUCAAAUGGCUUCUCAGCUUUGGAAUUUGCAGUAAAGAGCGGGCGUACAGAGCUUGUCGAGCUUUGUCUUUCGAAGGGCGCAAAUCCGAACGCGCCUACGUUGGACGGAAGCACCAGUCUGCACUUAGCUGCCGCUCUGGCUCACACCGAUAUCAUUCUCCGGUUGCUGCAGGGUGGUGCGAACCCCAACAUCCAGAACAGGUGUGGGCAGACUCCAGCGACUAUUCUGCUUGCGUCAGCUCCCAACGGAAGUGGUGAUGCCCGAAUCUUGUGCCUGGAGAUCUUGACGUGCGCUGGGUGUCAUCUCGAUCAACGAGAUCUCUUUGGCCGCCAAGCUUCUCACUUAGCGAACAUCUCGCGAGAUUUUCGCGUGGUCGAAUUGCUGCGAAAGUUGGGAUCGCUUAAUCGGGGAGGCAAUGGCGUUGAUGUCGACAUCUUUGGCUGCUCUUCUGCUGACUACACUGACCAUAUCGAGGUAAACAAAACGGCGGGAUUUCUGCGUUCGCUAAUGCCUAACGACUCGUGGAAGAUUGGAGACAAGGAUGACCACGCUUCACGGUCUGUACGCUCGAGUUCUAUUGACGGAAUGAUUCGCGACCUGGUUACUGGGAUGGACGUCGAUUUGGCCGAUGUGGUCGCGUUUGUGCUGUUCCUCGACAGCUUUUCAAGCCUAAACGAAGUGGUGGAUCGGGUAUACGAACAUGUCCGCAAUGGAGUCAAGAGUCACGGACUCAUUCGUCUUUUCAUAAUGAUAUUGCUGUUCAGGCAGUCAGAAUCGAAGGAGAGUGACGAUCUGCGUGAUCGUUUCUAUAGCCUCGUUGGCCACGCUGUUGACGUUUCGAAAGAGAAGUUGGUGCCUUUGGUUGAAGAAUUCACAGCUCUUUACAAGGGAUAUUUUUCCCUGCGUGGGGCUGGAAAAUACGCACUGAACUACGAAAUGAUCCCUGGAAUGAUGACCACAUUAUACGGCUUAGAAUCUGGAAUCGAACUUGUUUCCAACGAGCCCUUCUCGAGGCAUUUGCACCGAUAUAUCGACGCAGAGCAGUGGGCAGAACAAUGCACACUUCUGACGCACGCAGUCUUCUGCAAGAUUCCAGUCCACGAUUUGAUCUCGCCAGGCUCGAAAAGGCAGCACUCAGUUGAGUUCACCAGCAUCAAACGAUGGUUCCAACACAUCUCUGCGUACGUCAUCAACGCUGUUCUUGUUCAAGAUACCCCUGAAGAACGGGCAGAAGUGAUUUCGUUUUACCUCAAGCUGAGUGUGGCUGCGAAGAAAAAGAUGAACGAGAUGCAACUACUCUCAGACAAAGGAUGUCGAGAGAUGAACCGCCUGAUGCGUCAGACUACAAACCCAAGCAUGCCUUACAUUGGCCUGUAUCUUCAAGGCUUCGUCGGAUUGAACGAGUUGCCUACGUUUGACAAGAACGGUCUGGUAAAUGCAAGCCGGCUUCGACGAAUGGGCGAGCUGUCGAUGGAAAUCUUGCAUCGACAGUCUGUCGCCUACACUCUCCAGAACGACGAGGAUGUCGACAAACUGCUGCACGUCUCGUUGCCGUAUUCCUCCGAGGAGAGUCGGUAUACUCGUUCGUUGGAGCUGGAACCUCGCGAGGCGGACGCGAUGCCGCUGAGCGACCGUGGCUCAUGUGCAUUAAUCGAUGAUGACCUCGACCUGGAAAGCGAAGUUCGUGAGUCAAUCGGCGGUGACGGGACUUUCGGUUUCCGUCAGUGGAUUCGGAAGCAGCAAGUAGUGCACCGGAAUCGCUCUCGGUCGUCUCUAAUUGCUUUGUAUGAGUGGGUGUAG